AAAUGGUUAUGCUAUUGGCGAUUGGAUCAGACAAAUGCGUGUUAACAUACCAUGGGCGAUAAAUCAAGAUGGAGUCCCAAAUGUCAUCACAACAGCCAUCAGGAUUAAUCGGAUUACUGAACGUGAAACAGGCACACUCGACCGCAUUUGA